UCAUUGCGCGCUAUGGAGUCCAGACUGUCACGGCGAUCUACCAAGGAAGAGGCUAUAGCUUUGGAUCUCAAGACUCUUCGACAUGAGACUACCAUAUACGACGCCACUCAAACAGGCGAAAUUCUGUCAGCUGUCGAUGACAAGAAGCUCUUGUUCAAGAUCGACUGUCGUCUGAUGCCAAUUCUCAUCACUGAUACUACUCAGNNCUGUAUCACUUACGCAUUACAAUCAAUCGACAAGACAACUUUGUCAUACGCUGCCGUCUUUGGACUCGUAAGUUUCACUGGUUCCAAUGUCUGCGUUCAUUCCAAGACGGCUUACACCUCGCGAUGCAGNGCGGAUGAAACCCAUCUAUCCGGAACCGAAUUCUCAUGGCUCGGGGCCAUCUUUUACCUCGGAUAUAUGUUCUGGGAAUGGCCAACUUCGUACCUGCUGCAGAGGUUUCCGCUUGGAAAGUUUCUAGGCACGUCGAAGUCANNGGUUAUCCUAUGGGGCAUCACAUUGUCCUGCCAUGCGGCGGGCUUCAACUUUGCUGGACUAGCGACUGCAAGAUUCUUUUUGGGCGUCUUCGAAGCAUGCAUACAGCCAGUGACGAUGGUCAUGUUCAGUAUCUGGUACACUCGCAGAGAACAGCCUCUGCGUCUGGGCAUCUGGAUCGGUUGCGCCGGACUUGGUUAUGUAGUUGCUGGCAUCACGAGCUUUGGCAUCGGUCAUAUCGGCGGCGCACUGUCCAGCUGGCGAUACACGUUCCUCAUCUGGGGUUGCAUCACUAUUGCUUGGGGUGUCGUUGUACUUCUAUUCCUGCCAGAUAAUCCCGCCACAGCCAAGUUCCUCUCCGAAGAUGAAAAGAUGGGUGUGGCUCAGCGCGUCCAAGCGAAUGGAACUGGCCUGGAAGAAAAGACUUUCAAGAAGAGUCAGAUGAUGGAGACGCUAACAGAUACAAAGACAUGGUUGCUCUUUAUCUUUGCGAUUAGCAGCAACGCACCCAAUGGCGGGCUCACAACCUUCCAAGGCCUCAUCAUUCGCGGUCUUGGUUUCUCGAAACUGCAGACCACGUUGAUUCAGAUGCCCUCAGGUGCAAUCCAGUUCGUGGUCUGCACGGGUGCAACCUUUGUCGCCUCGUCCUUUGAGAACGCAAGACUACUGACCAUGUUUGUCUGUCUGCUACCGACGUUAGCUGGUGUCAUCGGAAUGUGGACAUUGCCGUCAAGUGUACCUUGGGGCCGCAUGGUGUGCUUGUGGAUCACAUUCACCUACACCGCUACUUGGACACUCUCCAUGUCUGUCGUCACAGCCAACACCGCGGGACAUACCAAAAAGUCCACCAGUGCUGCCAUGCUCCUAGUCGGUUACUGUCUGGGAAACUUCGUCGGACCAUUCUUUUUCCGCAAAGCUCAGGCGCCGCGUUAUGAACUUGGUGUCGCCAUGAUGUUGACCUGCCUUGGCAUCCAGAUGCUCAGUAUUCUGGGCUUGUAUCUCCUAUUCCUGACCCGGAAUCGCAGACGAGCUGCUGAGAAUGCAUUGUCGGCAGAGCGUGUUGCCGAAGGACAGCUGCGAGCGCUUAACGACGAGACUGAUCUCAACAAUCCAAGUUUCAAG